CUGAUAAGACCCUGAAUCCCUAAAGGGGUUCUCAUUCGCCUCAGCCAUGAAACAAUGUUUCCUUGGUUAGUUGGUUUUCAGCAGCGACUCUACUUCACAGGAGACCGACUGGGCUCCAGAUUUUGCGUGUGACCUUCCAGGAACAGAAGAUGAAUUAAUCUACAGAUAUAAGUCAAGAUGGUGAAUCGACAGACUAUUUUGACCUGCCUUAUUGUGAUCCUCGUGGCCUUAACACGGCUUAGCGAGGGUGGCUACGUUGCACAGUGCAACAGGCUGACGUUCGACCACUACGUGCAUGGUUACUGCCUCCCAAACUUCAACCAGAGCAUGGAAGCUAGCAACUAUCAGCACAGAUGUCCCUGGCCCACCUUUAAAGGCUCCUACAUCAUUUUGAAGCACUGUGUGGAACAAGUAGCCACCAGUACCAGGUGUGUGGAGCCUUCACUGAAGGAUGACAUCUUCCUAGAGGUGCACCAGAUGUUCUUCUCACUCUGCUCGCGUGUGGAGGACCCAGCUUUCGCUGUCCUGAUGUUGCUGAUUCUGCCUUGUAUCAUCACCAUUCUGCUCCUCCCCCUGCUGUGUGUCCACAUCACCACAACCACUGGACUCUGAGAGCCAACCCUCUUGGUGGACAAAUCUUACAAAUGCACACACACACACAAAAUACACUUUCACUUGAGACACACUAGACGUAGCCAACAGAAAGUUGGAUAUCUGUUUAACAUUUAGAAACACACAUUUUUGUACACCCAUAUAUUGUAUGUUGAAUAAUGGUACUUAAAGUAUUGUAAUACCCUGUUAUGUUCUUAAAUAAGUAUUGAAUAAAAAUGUGAUAGAUUUAUUUGAAACACAAAUAUUUAUUU